AACAACAACAACAACAACAACAGCAACAGCAACACAACAAAAGGAAGAGAUGUUUCCUAAACCUGGGGCUCCUCAGCGAGAAGAAAUGUCGAGCAUCCAGGUUAAAAAUACCGCGCUGCAUUUGAACGGUCAAAAUGUGCGGCUGGCAGCUAAAAAUGACCGCGUUCCAAAAACACCUGGCCUCUGUCUGUCAGCCGUGGGUCGGCUCGCGGCCUCGCCGCCGACCCAGGAGGCCACGGCACAGUUGGACUUGUCAAUGCUCAAGUCGCCAAGGCCAGAUGUAGCAAGAGAGGCUGAGAAUCAGCACGUGAGAGGACGCCCUGUGAAGCUCGCCCCUCUGGAGCUGCCCGAGGAGGUGAGGGAGGCUCAGAGGCAGAAACUCAAAUGUGUCCAACAAGAAGCUAAAACUGCUUCUCAUAAGAAGGAAGUGACUCCAAAUGAGCCUCGGUCAAGGGCGGUGAAGUCCUGUGUGAGGCAGAGACCUGUGAAGGCUGCUGUGUGCCCUCCUGCCUCCCCUACAAUCCUCAAAGCCCGGCAGCAGCACAGAUCCCUGAGGCCCCAGCCGACACGCUCCGGCCCCACAGAGCAGGAAGGACACAGGCAUCUGGACGCUGUGGUGUGUCAAGGUACUCCUGCCCCUCUGCGCAGCAAACCUGCCCCUCCUUCAUCGCCCCUUCUUAAACCUCGAGCCACACGUGACGGAGAGGCGACACGCCCGAACCCCAGCAGCCUCCAGCAGGAGACAGGCGGGAGGCCACCAAGGCUGAGGAGGGCGCAGUGCCUGAAAGAGGAUCACUGCAAUUCAAACAUGUCAACACGGGGAUUAUCUGCAGAUGAUGGCAAGCUGGCCCAAGGUGUCCAAGGCACAGGGCAGCAGACGGAGGGGGCUUUGAGAGGGCAACCGAGUUGUCCAAACGGUGUGCCAAAUAAAUCCCAAAAUGAUAAAAGCCUAUGGAUGUAUAAAAAGGUAUAUGUAUAUGUAUAUGCGGCCAAAAGUAUAUAG